AGGAAACAAGCCUCAGUAUAAUUUUGGUAUUUUAUUGUGAAGAUUUUUUAAUAUUCACUGAGGGAAAUACCUUGAAUUAGGUAAAUACUGCAUUUCUGUUUUAAUCUAUCAGUUGGCUAAAGCAAUUAGCAUAUUUUCAAUGCCUCAGUCAAAAUCCUACUCAGCUCUUUUGUUAUUCCAUUUCCUGAAAGAUCCUGACAUAAAGGAUUGUUUGAAACAAUUGAUGUUACAGCUCAGAUUUGGAGGCAUCUAUGGCAAAAAGCAGAAAUCCUCUUGACCAAUUCACUGUGUUUUUUUCUUGCAGAGUGGGGAUCUCACUUUAAAGGUGACAGCAGCGUGCUGGGGCUGUAACCUGUGACUGGUUCUUGACCUUUGGGUAGCGCAGAUGAAUCCCCACGGGUGCUGUUGGCUCUGCCCGCUCCCCACUGUCACAUUCCACUGCCACGGGGGGACAGAGCCUUAUUUAUUGGCUCCCACUUGGCCACCAGCUGCUCUCACAGCGUGCAGCUGUGUUGUUCUUAGCACAGGCAGACCCCUGCCUUGGAGGGAAGUCCGGUGCCCAGCCCGCAGAGGAGCGCUGUCCUCCGAGCUGCUGGCUGAACCCCCUUGACUUCAGGUGUCAGAAAUAUGGGAGCAAGCUAUGCAUUCCUCUUGGAUACAAGGAUAUCUAAUUGCUAGUAGCAGCACCCAAACUGGAAUGAACGGCUCUGGGAGGUAGUGACAAGAAUCUACUCAUUUUUGUCACCAACUUGAUCUUCUAAUUGUGUGGCUACCUCAUGCUUCAGCACAGAGACAGCUAUGCAGUGAAUGACUUAGUGACUCAAAAUACAGAUAGUGAUUUAUAAAGUUCCAGGUUUACUCAGGAAAGAAGGAGAAAGUUAUUGGGAGGUUUUGAAUGGUAGGAAAGAUGUAACAAAGAUAAAAUCUUCUCAUCAUACCUUUGAAACCCAUGGGAAUCACACAAGAAGCAUUCCAGUGAGUGGAAUCCACAGGCAAAGGUUGGUAUGAGAAAAAGUAGUGAGCAAGAGUAUGUACUUCUCUAAUGCUUCUCCUAUUUUGAGAGUUGAAUAAUAAAAAGGAUGCAGUUUACUCAAGUCCCAGGGAUAUAGUAUUCCACACAAUUUGCAGCUUAGGAAGAUUCCCUCCCAGGAAGUAGAUCUGCUGUGUAUACACUAAAACUUCAAUUAAAAGGGUUAGGGGUAGGAAGAACAUUUCUCGUUGUCAUUGUUUAGGAGGUACUUGUUACGAGGUACUUCAAGGGUACUUUCUCCUGAGAUUCCGUGGGGGAGGCCUUGCUGUGAUGAACCCUUGGGGCAGCUCCUGCCCAUCCACCACUCCCCUGGAGUGUGCAGUGCUGCCAUGGAGUGCACAGUGGCUGCCAUGAGUGCACAGUUCCAUCUAUGAAGUGCAGAGUGCCCCUAUGGAGCGCACAGUGCUGCCAUGGAGUGUGUGCGGUGCUGCCAUGGAGUGCUCAGUGUUCCCCUGGACUGUACAGAAUUCCCAUGGAGUGCUCAGUGCUGCCAUGGAGUGUGCAGUGUUCCCAUGGAGUGCUCAGUGUUCCCCUGGAGUGUACAAUGUUCCCAUGGAGUGCACAGUGCUGCCAUGGAGUGCUCAGUGUUCCCCUGGAGUGUACAAUGUUCCCAUGGAGUGCACAGUGCUGCCAUGGAGUGCUCAGUGUUCCCCUGGAGUGUACAAUGUUCCCAUGGAGUGCACAGUGCUGCCAUGGAGUGCUCAGUGUUCCCCUGGAGUGUACAAUGUUCCCAUGGAGUGCACAGUGCUGCCAUGGAGUGCUCAGUGUUCCCCUGGAGUGUACAAUGUUCCCAUGGAGUGCACAGUGCUGCCAUGGAGUGCUCAGUGUUCCCCUGGAGUGUACAAUGUUCCCAUGGAGUGCACAGUGCUGCCAUGGAGUGCUCAGUGUUCCCCUGGAGUGUACAAUGUUCCCAUGGAGUGCACAGUGCUGCCAUGGAGUGCUCAGUGUUCCCCUGGAGUGUACAAUGUUCCCAUGGAGUGCACAGUGCUGCCAUGGAGUGCUCAGUGUUCCCCUGGAGUGUACAAUGUUCCCAUGGAGUGCACAGUGCUGCCAUGGAGUGCUCAGUGUUCCCCUGGAGUGUACAAUGUUCCCAUGGAGUGCACAGUGCUGCCAUGGAGUGCUCAGUGUUCCCCUGGAGUGUACAAUGUUCCCAUGGAGGGCACAGUGCUGCCAUGGAGUGUACAGUGUCCCUAUGGCGUGCACCGUGCUCUGACUCCCUGAGCAGCUCCUCCCACUGGUGCUGCUCACGAUUCCUGUGCUGUGCCCAGGAUCCAUGGAUAGGCCAGGAGGCUGAGCACUGCUGCAGGAAACUGCCCGCCCCCAGCACCCAGAGCAGAGUCCAGGCUGCCAGGCAAUGAAGGUCUUUAAGAGUGUCAUGGGAAGGGUCAGACACCCAGAGAAGGGCGCUGCAACGACUGGCCAGCUGAGGAGGUCAAAGGGAGGAAGACCUUUUGUUGUUUAUUAGAGAAAAUUUGUGAUCCUGCAAUGUUUAUGGGAAUAAUCCUUGGUAGUAAAUAACAAUGCAGAAGAAUGUCUAAGGAAAGAUUUUAUUUCUAUGACUGAUCAUAAUUUUAUCUAACUUUAUCUAAUCUUCAAUAAAUCAUUGUACUGAACCAUUCCAUCUUCCAUAUUUGUGCAGUUGUCUCUAGAUCAGGAUGGUUCCUUGACAUUUAUUAAACACAGACCUGAGACUAUAGUCUACCUAUGGAAUGGUACUUUUUGGAAGUUGCAGUAUUAAAUACAGAUCAAAGUGCUGUAGUUUUCUUAUUUAAUU